AUGCCGAACGUCAACGGAUUCACCCACGAGGACGACGUCGUCCUGAUCGACUUGAUCCGCAACAACCGCGAGCUGUACGAUGCCAAUCACAAGAUGCACAGGGACAUCGCAUUUAAGGACAGCAUAUGGAAUGAUAUAUCAAUCGAUAUCGGAAAAUCGGUUCAUCAAUGCAAGAGACGAUGGAAAAAUAUAAAGGCCUUUUACUUGAAGAAUAAAAGUAUGAUGGAAACUGGAUCGUCAGUAAACAAUAAUUGGUCAUUGUCAACGUAUGUAUCAUUUCUAGAUGAAAAUCUGUACGGGCAAAACAUUCAAAAUGGCGAAGUACAAUUGGAACUUGGGGAACAAAUCUAUGAUAAAUUUUUAAAUGAUGAUGUUUCGACAUUGCCAUCUUCUUCUUCUGCUGGGAAUACUACCCAAUCAAAAGAAGACAAAAUAGCGGUUAUUUUGGCAGAGGGAUUGAAAGAAAGAAAUGAGAUAUUGUAUAACAGCUUGCAAAAGCAAAUUGAAAUACUUGACAACACUUCAUUUACGGUCACAAUUCAAUAUGAACAAAACGCCACUUCAAAUGUUCAAUGCGAAGAAUCUAAAAAUGAACACGGAGAACACGUUGCUGAUGACACUGCCCAUGGCAGUGAGUUUAAAUUUGCACAACAACUAUCGCCAGAUGCGGUGUCUUGUUAUUUAGCUGAGAAACUUGCUCAAUCAAAGGAGAGAAAUACGAUUUUACAUAACUUGCAAAAACAAAUCGAAAUACUUAAUAAUAAAUCGGAAACUACUAAAUCAUUGGAUUUGUUUUUUAAGAGCAUAUUACUGGAUGUUCAAGAUUUCUGUCCUCGUGCAAUUGAUGACAUCAAACCCAGAAUUUUGAAAUGUGUUUCUGAAGUCAGAGAAAUGUAUCAUACCUCAAAUGUACCGCCGGAUAAUUUGUCUUAUUCUACUGGGGAAAAUUCUACUCGUCCUGACGAAGGAAGUACAAUAUUAUUCAACUUGCAAAAACAAAUUGAAAUACUUAAUGGUAAACUGGGGAUCACCAAGACAAUGGAUUUAUUUUUCAAGAGUGUAUCAGCAGACAUAGAAGAUUUCUGUAUUCGUGCCAUUGAUGAUGUGAAACUCAAAAUUUUGGAGUGUGUAUCUGAAGUCAAAGAUAUGUACUCUAAUCCAGAUGUAUCUUCGGUGACUUCUUCAAUUAAUGGUAAUAUAACACCUAACUAUGUACCACCGCACACUCCGCCUAUAAUCCUCAACAAUUCACCACCGCAAGGAUUUAUAACAUAUUUAAAUGUACCACUUUAUUGCAAUGAGCCGACUAACUAUGUAAAUUCAUAUUAUUAG